AUGCCUAAACCUACCUUCCUCCAAACAGUCCUUCGAAAACCAACUCGAUCAUAUGCUACACCAGGAUACAACCCCUGGGCAGACCAAGAGGAUGAAUACGAUCCCGAACCUUUCCCUUCCCGAUACAAUCCUCGUGUAGACAAUGGAGUCUUCUUAGGUUAUCGAGAUACCUCACAACCUGGUUCUUCUCAUUUACCCUCUCCUGCGUCUUCUUCUUUCGUAAGGAACAGGAAAACAUCUCGAUCAACCAUAAGUGAACCUGUCACUGAGGUAGGGACAGAUCGAACGGCUGGAACACGUUUUCCAAAACCUGUCAAAAGGGUACAAGAACAUCUCACUCUCACACCACAAGGAGAGAUCAUCUUGACUCCUUUACAAAGAGAUGUAUCCUCGAUCAAUGACGGAACGGUUAAGAAGAAAAAGAAGAGAAAACCUAGGAUAGAAUCAGAAGCUCAAUCGGUAAUUUCGAAUACUAUGAGAACCAAUUCACCUGCUCCGACGAUCAUGACUAUCAAACAUACCGCUACUAGGGUUGAAAAAAGGAAACAAGAGAUAAAUCAACAAUCUGUCAUGAAUGUUUGGAAUGAAUCGUUGAGUACAGAAAACACUGGGAGUCUUGUUUUACAUCAGCAAAGAUUAAGGGAUGCAGGUGAAAGUUCAAGUAGUUUGUCUUCCCCAGUCCCACCUUUUUCUCCUGCACCUCGUCAAACUCCCACACCGGAUGAUCUCCCUCCUAGGUCUUCAAGCUUGGAUAAAGAUAAGAGUGUAGAUACACCACCAAGUUCUGUCUCUUCUCUCCCUGCUAAACCCAACCAAGAGCUCCAUCCUUCUCCGCCUGAAUCUUAUCGACAACCUCAAGGAUUUUCUGAAAUCAAGACAAGUCGUCCAAAACCUAUCGUCGUUAUUCCACCCGUGGAAUCCGAUACGGAAGAAGAAGAAACCUUUUACACUCCUAGAGCUUCUUUGGAUCAACGACCCAUGUCAUUUUUUCAACCUUCCACUUCUGCAAGAUUCUCCACCCUUUCGUCAGUACAAGAGUCUACUCCUAUCCCGGCUUCAAUGAUACCACCUCCUUCUUUCAGUCUUCAACCACCUACUCCAGCACCUUUAGUCAAUCCUGAGACUUCCCCAUUUGAAUUACCAUCCGCCCGAUUCGGAGAUCCUGAACCAGUCGACACUCCCACUCGUUCUAGACCAAUAACAACAACUGUCGAAAUGCCCGCCUCACCACCAGCGGACGGUAUGGCCGAUGACGCACAUUCAGCAUCUGGUGAGAUAGGCUCAGACGAAGAUGAAGAAUCUGAACGUCUCGGUGGACCCAAUCAGCACCUUAGAGGUUCUCACAGUCGAAACACUAGCUAUUCUCGGAGAUCGUCUUCCGCUCUUGAUUCCCAUCCUGCCUCUGUAGGUUUCCCAGCUUCCGCAUCAGAAGGUCGGACGUCUAAACGCUCUUCCAAAGCAUAUAGCGAUUUCGUAGUCAUCCCUCGACGUUUCUCUGCUCCCUUGGACGAUCAGUCGUAUCAAGCGUCAGCUUAUGAACCAAGUAUUCGCAGUGCUCAAAGCGGUAGAAGUGUCGCCAGUGGACUUGGGAAAGGUGGUUGGGCUGCCGCACAAGCUUCAGCGCAAUCGAGAUCCGGGGCGACUACACCGGUCAUGUACAUGCCUUCUCAUGCGAAUGGAGGAUGGGGAAAUCUUCAAGAAUUACAAGGUGGAAGUGCACCUGUUCCUCCUCCCAAAAAAAGUAAAUUCACUCCUUUGCCCGUUGGUGCUUUACCAGCGACUUUCGAUCGUCUGACUAAUGGAUCGAGACUUGGGAAUGGGAGUCAAAGCUUGGGUGAAAGUCAAGAUGGUGGGUUGAGGGUGGCAAGUCGUAGUGGAUCGAGUUUGAGUGAAUACUCGCAAGUGUCAUAUCAUCCCGAGAUCAGGCCUAGUCGAUCUUAUACUAUCGAUCAAGUUCAAUCUGACCAGCGGCCCUCUUUCGAUGGUGUCACUUUAGAACGACCCUUGGAAGAUGAUCUCGUGGAAGACCCUUCGGACAGUGAAGAAGAGUACGACCAACUGCCUAGACCCAGUAGGUCUUACAUCGUUUCAAUUGUUUCCGAGGAUCAUCAAAUCGACCCCCUCGCUCCCACUCGACGUGUCCAGUCUCCGGAUUCCAUCCCAGAGGACGCUUAUUUGCCUGCUCCACCAUCCCCAACAUCCAAACCUUUGUCUAUCUCCGAACAUAUCCCUCGACGAUCGUCAUCCUCUGCGGAAAGUCGACGAGAAUCAUUCAAUAGUGUUCCAUUUCCUUCACGUCGACCUUCUUCUUCUCUCGAUCGACCUUCCCGUCCUCUUUCUCCACUCUCACCUACCAUGCUACCCAUAUCCCGUCCAAUGUCCUCAAUGUCAAUUUCCACCCGUGCUCAAAGUCCCACGCCAAGUCAAAGAAUAGGAUUCGAACCUCCCUCAUUCCUCGACCCUGACGCUCUCACCCUCUUACCUGAAAUGACGAUACAAGAUUCUGAUAAAACGUACGAACCUUCCUUCCCUCGACCAAUCUCCCGAACCGCUCGUCGGACCCAAAGUGUAUUCGGAAAUCUCACCCUCGGAGCACGUUCCUCGGCCGAUGAUUCUGAAGAAGCUGAUCAAGUACCCGAAUUACCAGUUCGACGUUCGAAAUCCGUCAAUGCUUUUCGUAUGGGAACAUGGGAAGGUUCAAAUCACGGUGAAUCCGUCUUGAUGAAUUCACAUGGAAGAGAUAUGGAACCAUUAGGAUAUUCAUCACUCAUAUUACCUUCAGGUGCUUAUAAACCAUCUGAUCCUUCACGUUUCAUUCAUUCUAUAGAUUAUCGUUCACUUCGAAUGCCACAAUCGACAAUGGCAGCUAUAACAUUAUCAACACUUCCAAUUCAUUCUACACCUUUACAUCUCAGAAAUCAACUUCCACCUCCAAUAGAUUUCAGUUCUCAUUUAAAACCACCUACAAAAGUCAAUUCAGGUCAAAUACUAGUACAAGUUUACGCUGUGGCAAUUGAUGAAUUUGACGUAAAGAUUUUAGAAUCAAAAUCAAGGAAUGAUAUAGGUCGUUGGGUACCUGGAAGAAGUUUUGUUGGACGUUGUUUGAAAACAAGUUCAGAAGAAGUUGAAAUAGUUAGAGGAGAAUUAAUAAUGGGUUUAAUGGAUUUAAAGAAAAGUGGUUGUUUAACUGAAUAUAUCUUAAUUGAUAGAAGAAGAAUAUCAAAAACACCUUUUCCAACUUUUUUAUCUUUAGAACAAUUAGCUUUAUUACCUUUACAUGGUAUACCCGCUAUAAGGAUAAGUAGGACACAUUUGAUAAAACAUUCUUUAGCUAUCGUUUCAGAAGCUCAUAGAGGUAUAGGAGCUUUGGUUUGUCAAUUAUUGGCUAGAUCCGGUGUAGCUGUUACGGCUACUAUAGUAGGUGGUGAUGGACAUUAUGAAGCUCAAAUGAAAUGUAUGAAGAAUGGUGCUAGGGGUGUUUUAACGGGUAGUUUGGCAAGUGUUUUAAGUGGGUUUGAAGAAAGUAGUUGGGAUUUUAUUUUUGAUUCAACGGGUGGAUUAGGUGUGGAAGGUGCUAAAAGGGUUUUGAGAGAUGGUGGAAGCUUCGCAUCCAUAUCAUCACCAUUUCCUUCACCUACAUCCCCUCCCCCAAUCCCAAGAAGAACAUCAGCAUUCAAAUCCCUCUUCACCAAAAGAAAAGAUUCAAAAUAUAUAAACCUCCUCCCUGUAUCUCCAGCGGGAACAGGUGAACCCGAAGUCGAUUCUAGCGGAAUGGACAUACGGGACGUUUUGGAAGAUGAGUUGAUCCCUUUUUUGAGUCCUGUUUCAGAGGGAAGUGUGGUUUUUGAGAAAGCCAGGGAAGUGUUUAGGUCUCCAGGAAGUGGGAUGGUAGUUAGGAUUAUCAAUUAG